UUUUUUUUUUUUUUUUUUUUUGUUCCCCAGAUCUUUUUCUGUUGUUCGUGUGCCAGUUGAAUCUCUCCAUGAACUCCAGCUUCAAAAUGGCAGAAAUGGCUUCUUCUUAUUGAUUUACUGUUUGUCGGUUCACCAGAGUGUUAGGAAGAUGAGAAGAAAAGAAGGCCCCUUCAUUUCAGGAUCUUGGUAGAAUGAAUGCCCUGCCGUAAUGGGAAGUAAAACCUCUUUACAUGAGUGGUUUAGAUUGUAUGGCUACAGAAGAUAGAGAGUUUGAAAUAGAUCUUGAAGGUGGUGAUUAUACUAGCGAAGAUGAUUUGAGCAGUGAAUCUGACUCGACAUCGAAACCACAUGUUAGGAAAGCUAUCAGUAGGCUUCGGAGUGGGUUUCUGUGCACUGAUGGAUCUAUAAAUCGAGGGUGUAGCUUUGCUUCCAGUAGUAAUUCCACCAAGCUCGAUAAGCUUGGUGUUGAUGAGAACGUGGAGUUGUUGAUAGACAAGAGUUUAGAUGGAGAAAAGAGACGAGAACUCGGAGCUCUUGCAGAGAAGAAGAAGAACAUUAAAGAGACAAUUAAGAACAAUGGAAAGCUUCACAAGCCACCACGACCUCCAAGGGUUCCAUCAUUGGAUGCUGCUGACAGAAUCUUUGUUAAAGAGAUGACUCAAUUGGCAGUGAAAAAGCGUGCCGCGGUCGAGAGAAUAAAAGCUUUGAAGAAGAGGAAAGCCGAGAAAACGUCUUCAUUCAACAGCAACUUACCUGCUUUGUUUAUCACAUUGCUUUUCUUUGUAGUCAUUAUCUUUCAAGGAAUGAGUGCUAAUGGUAGUGCAAUCAUGUUCGAGUCUCCCGUGCCUUCCAGUAGCAGAAGUGCAGGCUUGAUACCUCUUCAGCAUUCGUCUAAAUCUUUCCCGAACGUUAACGUACCGCAAUCCCACAUUCUCGAUUUUGCAGGAGAAGCGAGCUCAGUGGAAGAUUUGAAGAACGACUCCUUGAAAACUGAAGAUCUUGGGGGAAGGUCUGUGCAAUUUAGUUAGAAUACUGAAGUUUAGUGUCACUAAUCUGGUAAGACAUCGCCAGCUCCUUUACACUGAAAUUUUCAUAUACCUUAUAACUUGAUUGAAUGCUUUAGAUCAUGUUGGUAUCCGUAAAUAUGCGAAGGACUCGAACGUUUUGAUGCUUUUGCUGGGUUUGUUCUUGUACAGAUAGUUCACUUUUGAUUGAUUCAUAUAGUUUUGUUAUAGCUAAAUUGGCAUGCUCUUACCAGAACUUUGAACUUAGUCAUAUGGGCUUCCAAAAAUUGGUGGUGCUUGGUAUAAAUAUGAAGAGGCAAUUUCAUCUUUUAUUUUUCUCA